AAAAGUCAAAACAAAAAUAAUGAAAACGAGAGUGAAGCAGCUAAGAGGGGAAGAGCGAUGGAAGGUGGGUACGGAAACCGUGGUUCCUCUUUCUCCCAAUCACGUCGUGGUCGAGGUCGCGGUCGCGGUCAAAGAUUUCCUUCGAAUCAAUCCAAAGUUUCAAGUUUUGCCGAAAGGGGCACUCCUUCUUCUAGUAGUGCCAACAGAGCUUCUGCCUCUGUUAUCAGUAACACGCAAGAAGACGACGCACAACCAUCUUCCAAUUUUGUUGGAACAUGUCCUUACAUGUGCCCAGAAAGAGAGAGGAUCCAGCGUGAAAAACUGCGAGAUUUGGCAAUUUUUGAGAGGCUACAUGGAAAUCCUGGAAAAUCAUCCCCAGCUCUUGCUGUCAAGAAGUUUUGCAGAACUAUAUCCACCAAAUAUGUUCAAGCAUCAGAUAUGCGGCCUAUUACUGUUUUGGAAGACACUUUAAAUUACCUUUUGAGUUUGCUGGAAUCUAAAGAGCAUUUGUUUGAAGUAGUUCAUGACUUUGUCUUCGAUAGAACGAGGUCCAUACGCCAAGAUAUUACCAUGCAAAAUAUUGUAAACAAGAAAGCAAUUUACAUGUAUGAGGGAAUGGUCAAAUUCCAUGUUGUAUCUCAUUACAAGCUUUGGUGUUCUAUGUCUGAUCCAAACACUGCAUCGUUGCAUCAUCUCAAUAUGGAACAGCUCACAAAGACAUUGGCUUCUUUGUUCAAUCUGUACGAAGCAAAUCAAAAUUCAAAUCAUGUGCAUGAGAAUGAAGCUGAGUUCCAUUCAUUAUAUGUGCUGCUUCAUCUUGGUUCUUACAGCCAACCGAUGGGGGAGCCACUUUCUUUGUGGUUUCAACGUGUAUCAACUCCAGUAUUGAAGUCAAAAGAAAUGUGUUUUGCUAGGAGAAUCUUACGAUCAUUUCGACUUGGUAAUUAUAAGGAUUUCUUCUGUACUGCAGCAGCUCAGGCAUCAUAUCUGCAGUUCUGCAUUAUGAUGCCUUAUAUCAAUGAAGUUCGUGUGCUGGCUUUAUCUUGCAUAAAUUUUGGUGGAUACAAGCUUCAUCCAUAUCCUCUGUUGGAUCUUUCAAAACUCCUGUUCAUAAAGGAAUCAGAUUUAGAAUCCUUUUGCAAUCAUUGCGGUCUUGAGACUGGUACAGAUGAAUCUGGAAAUAAGCUACUUCCCACAAAGCAAACUACAUUCAGUCAUCCCAAAGGUGGGUUCCAAAGAUAUAGUUUCUUGGGCUUGCAAGAAUAUGAAAGGUAGUUUCAGAGCUUUUGUAGAUCCUGGAUGGCCACACCUAUUUUCACUACUUUCCCUAGGUAUUAUCGAGAUCAUACUUGGUGUUGGUGAUACAAUGUGACUAUGAUCGUUCACAAGUGUCUCUUUGUGGUGCUUUUGAAAACAUGGGAACAAAUUGUACUAUACACAACUAUUUUUGCACCCUUAUGCCUUAUUGUACAUUGAGUCUGUAUUUGGUACGCGACAAUUGUAUAACUCUUUAAGCUAUCUGUAAACCAGUGUAUGUAACAUUAUUAUGGUAAGGUUUCUCUUUACUUGCAGUAACAAACUAACAAUUAGGUA